AUGAGUAGUUUAGUUAAAAAGGGAGGAACUCUGUUUACUCCAAAGCUAAAAAAGGUGGUCAGAAAGAAACCAGUGACUGCAGCAAAACCACCAGCCACUCCACCAGCAACGCAAGUGAAAGAAGGAGAUGAUGAUACUAGUACUGUUAUUUUUGAUACAAAAAACACCAGUGGAGUAUUAGCUGCAGGCAUAGAAACGUCAACUGCAGAUGUUGAAACUAGUAUUGCUACCCCGGCAAGCACGCAGUUACCAGAUUCUCCCAAAAGCAAACCAGCCUUUAGAAUAGGUUUAACCAAAACAUCAUCAAGUGAUAAAAGUCAAAAGGAUAAUGAUAUUGAUCCCAAAGAUUCUUCCAAACAAUAUGCAAAUGAAAAUGAAAAUGAAAAUGAAAAUGCUAUUGCAAGUUCCUCAGAAGAAGAUGACGAUGAAGACAUUUUUAAACCUCCUGUGGAUCCGUCGAAAAGUCGUAGACAGUCAAUAACUCAGCGGAGAUUGUCCAAUAUAACUGCAUCUGGUUUACGAAGCCGAUCUGCUUCCAUUUCACUUCAUACUGCUGAUUCAAACCAUGUACCGGCUAAGAUUGGAAUCCCUGUUUCCAAACCAACAAAAAGGAGAAGAUCGCUGGCACAAGCUCGUAGUUCUAAAAGAGUUUCUACCACACAGCCAGCAAAGCCAAAGGCAGUAGUUGUGCCAACAGUGUCAACUGAACCUACAUCUUCUUCUAUGGAUAAAUCUGAAUCAUCUACUCGAGAAGAAAAGAAACCACCCAAAAAAUCAGAUAUUAAAGGUAUCAGUGACGACUUUAUUGUUGGUAUUGAUCCGAAAACUCAAAAAUUGACAAAGUUCAGACGAAAAGGUGCAACCAAGGUGAAAAAGGAGUCUGAUUCUGUUAAAACUGAAAACGAGUCUGUUAAACCCGAAGGUGAUGAAGUCAAAGUUGAGGUGUUAUCUGACACGGACUCAAUUCCUGAAGAACCCGAUAAUCUCAUUACCACCGUCACACAUAUUCAUCAGAUUCCGAAAAACAUCAAUGAUGAAGAUGCUGAUCUUUUCGGUGAAGUGGACAUUGAUCUAGAGGAAGUUACUAUGGCCGAUUUGUGUAAACCGACUCUUCGGAUAGGGAAAGUGAGCACGAACUUUGAAUUAGUGAGAGAGGCUGAACAACAGUUGAAACAGAAAAAGGCUCAAAGGCGAAGAGACAGGGAAUUGGCUAGGCUUGAAGGAAUAUCACUCGAAGAUGCUAUACAAAAGAAUGAAGAGCAGAGACGAGGAAAUGGUGAUGAUGUAGAAAAGCAAGACGAAGAACCAAAACCAGAUUCACUCUUUGAUGAAGAGCCGCAACAAGCAGCUACAUCUUUACAGUUGACAUUCACUGAUGGUAAAAUUGGAUUCAAUGAGGAAUCUGCUAUUGUUGCGAAACCCAGGGCUGAUAUAACUAGUCGAUCGGUGGAGAAAUCGAAUCCAUUUGCCAAUCCAAUAACUUCAACCACCUACAGUCGAAGAGUAUUUACCGAUAAGUGGACCUCACAGGAACUAAAUCAGUUUUAUCAAGCACUAAGCAUGUUUGGUACAGACUUUUCUUUAAUUUCCCAAUUAUUUCCUCACAGAUCAAGAAAACAGAUUAAACUGAAAUUCAACUUGGAAGAAAGAAGAUUUCCAGAGGUUGUUGAGCUAGCGUUGAGAAGGAAAUUGCCAGUUGAUUUCGAAGAAUAUUGUGCCAACACAAAGAAUGACAUCAAGUCUUUGGAAUACUACAAUGAAGAGUUGCGCAAAGUCAGAAUUGAACACGAACAAAGUAUGAAUGCCAUAGCUUUGGAAAGAGAGAAGGCGUUGAAGGAAGAUGCAGAAGCAAGCAGAAGAAGAGAAAUAGAAAUCAGAACUGGUUCUAAACCAAUGAGCCGAGCCGAGAAGUUGAAAGAAUUGCGUAAAAAUGAAACUGUGGUUGGUUCUAUUGAUGAUGUACGAAAGAAGAGAGAGACUAAUGUGUAG